AUGGCAACCCGCUCCCGGCCGCCCUCUCGAGCCCGCUCCCCUAUCGAUCAAGGAGAGCUGGGACCCUUCCUUCCGCCAGCCUCCCCUGAGCUUGGCAAAGUCUCACUUGAGCGGGUCAUCUGCCUUCUCUGGGGGCUCCAAUCCCAAGUCGACCGCAUUGAGCGGACCCUCUCGGAACAAGCCGAAGUUAGCCAAGAGGUUCGAACCAACGUCGAGAAUAUCUUGCAAACGGUCAAUGUUGUCAAGGAUGGGCUUGCCCAACUCCAAUCUGCCCGGGGCCCCCAUACCCCAGAAGAACAAAAACCCCCCGCGGUCGAGGAAACUCCCAGGGCCGCGCCCAAAGCCAAGCCUAUUGGCAAGGCUCAACCAUUCCUUGGGGCCCCAGCCCCCAUCAUCUCCACAGGGGCCCCUAGACGCGACCCCCUAUCACUCUUCAACCCCUAUCCCUCCUCUUCCUUCCCUUCUGGACCGGCUCCAGCCCCCCAAGGACCUCCACCAGCGCCUGUCACCACCCCGGCACAGCCUCCAGCCCCCUCCACUGUAAAAGUGGACCACCCAGAUGCCUUCAAAGGCAAGAUAGGCUCGGAGGCCAAGCAAUGGCUAACCCGCAUGCUGGCCUGGGUUCGCCUCAACCAGAGGCAGUUCCCCUCGGACUUGGAAAUCCUCAGCUUCCUUCUCAUGAAUAUGGAGGAAGCAGCUGGGGCCUGGGCUCAUCCCCACUUGGACCAAUUAGGGUCCCACCGCGCACUCAUCCAGACCGUGGAUGAGUUCAAAAUUGAAUUCCUGGCCGCCUUUGGCAACCCUGAUGCAACACGUGCAGCGGAGCGGAAGAUCACUUCCCUGACACAGACCAGCACUUGUGCCAAAUACAUUACUAAGUUCUGCACAUUGCAAAUGGAACUUGAUUGGAAUGAUGCCGCACUACGCGGCCAAUUUGCGCAGGGACUUCACUGGGAGGUCCAAAGACAGAUUGCCACAAGGGAGAGGCAACCCCGUACCCUGAGGGAGCUGCAAGAUGCUGCCCUCAUCAUCGACAACGCCCUCCGCAAGGAGAGAGCCAGCCACCCGCAACAGGGUAAUAAGUCUGGCAAAUCUUCUACCACCCCCAACCGGGGGGCGAGUACCGGCCAACAGGCCACCAAAACCGGUCCCCUCUCUUCCGACCCCAACUACGUCUCGGAAGAAGAACGAAACCGCCGCCGCGCAGAAGGCCUCUGUGUGAAAUGCGGAAGGGCCGGGCACAAGUUUGCCAAGUGUAGAACCGGCUGGAAGGCUACCCCAAAGGAGGAUAAGGGGAAAGCCAAGGAAACCGCCAAGAUUGGCGAAGACUCUGAAUCCCAAUCGGGAAAAGAUAACAAUAGAAUUUCCCCCCUGUUCACAAUUUCGAUUAAACCAGAGAAGCAAGCGGAACACCUAGAAGUCCUGAUAGACUCAGGCGCCACAUUGUCAUUCCUCCAUCCACGUACCGCCAAGGCACUACGCCUACCCCUCAUAGAUCUCCCAACACCCCGCACCGUUACUAUGCUCAAUGGGUCAAGCCCCCAGGCUGGCAAAAUCUGGAAAAAGGCGUCACUAACCUUUACUUUUGAUGGCAAGAAAAUGACGGAAACAUUUCUCAUUUGUAACACUGGAAACCACCCAGCCAUCUUAGGCCUAAAAUGGUUAGACGCCCAUAACCCGGAAAUAGAUUGGAACUCGCGCACCCUCUCAUUCCCUCAUACGCCCCCGGAACACGUAGCCAUUGCCAAAGAGGAGGAAGCUGAUCAAAACCCCCUUGAAGGAGUACCCCCAGAAUACCACCAGUAUGCCAAGGUAUUUGGGGAGGAAGAAUUCAACAAGCUUCCCCCACACCGGCAUUACAACAUUGGAAUCGAACUUACCGAGGAAGGUCCCCUUAAUUCGCCCCUCUAUAGUAUGACCGACGCUGAGUCCGCUACGCUCAAGGACUGGCUUAGGGACGAACUCAAGGCGGGCAAAAUACGUCCUAGCAAAUCUUCCAUCAGCUCCCCUGUGAUGUUUGUUCCAAAAAAGGAUGGCUCCCGUCGUUUAGUGGUUGACUACCAACGCUUGAAUAACCGGACAAAAAAGAACGUCUACCCGUUACCCCGCCCAGAUGACCUCAUGGCCCAACUCCGUGGUGCCAAGGUCUUCACCAAACUAGAUCUAAGGUGGGGUUACAAUAACGUCCGUGUUAAAGAAGGUGACGAAUGGAAAACAGCCUUCCAAACCAAGUACGGCCUCUACGAAUCCCUGGUCAUGACUUUUGGCCUGACAAACGCUCCUGCCGCUUUCCAGCACUUCAUGAAUGAACUAUUCAAGGAUUUACUGGAUGUAUGCGUCAUCAUUUACCUUGAUGACAUCCUAAUUUAUUCUAAGGAUGACGCAUCUCACACGGAGCAUGUCCACAAGGUCCUGAAAAGGCUAAUGGAUAACCAGUUGUUUUGCAAAGCGUCAAAGUGCACCUUCCACGUCACUUCCGUGGAAUACCUGGGAAUCAUUGUUUCGGACAAAGGGUUCAGCUUGGACAAGCUCAAGAUCCAGGCUGUACAGGAAUGGCCAACACCAAGUAAGGUUAAAGAAGUCCAAUCGUUCCUAGGCUUUGCCAACUUCCUCCAACGAUUCGUUGCCAACUUCAGCCACAUGGCUAGGCCGUUACACAACCUAGUCAAGAAGGACACUCCUUGGAAAUGGGAAUCAAGGGAACAAGAAGCUUUUCAAGGGCUGAAGGACGCAAUCACAAAUGCACCCGUACUUUGCCACGCAGACCCCACUAAACCCCAUUUUCUGGAAACGGACGCAUCUGGUGCAGCUUUGGGAUCCAUACUUAGUCAACGUCAGGAAGAUGGCCGGUUACAUCCAUUGGGUUUCCUUUCAGAAUCAUUUAAGGGAGCAGAACAGAAUUAUGAUACGCAUGACAAGGAAUUACUUGCAAUCAUUUGUUCCUUUGAAUAUUGGCGCAUCUUUUUGGAAGGAACAGUCCACCCAAUCACGGUCUUUACGGAUCACCGGAACCUAGAAUACUGGAAGGAGUCAAGGACCUUUAACCGACGUCACGCUAGAUGGCACUUGUUACUAGCCGGGUAUAACUUCCAAAUCGUAUACCGCCCCGGGAAACAAUCAGGGAAGCCAGACGCACUCUCACGCCGAUCAGACCACGCCGAUAUACCUCCUGCCGAUCAGACCAUGCUCCCCGACCCUGUCUUUGCCAACGUAGCCCUAGUCACACCUGAGAAAGAACUCCAGCGUCAAAUUGAGGCUAGCUUAGACCAAGACGAAUCUCUGGAAGAAAUAUUACAAUUCCUCCAGAACGAGUCCAAGGCCCCCCCCUCCAUCAAACGAGCGUUCAAGGAUUACGAGAUGGAAGCCGGCCUGCUAUUUUACCAAGGGCGGAUUGUAGUACCAGACGUUGGGACACUGAGAACAGACUUACUCCGUAUAUUCCACGACAGCCCCUUGGCCGGCCACCCAGGCAGACAACAGACCUUAGAAUUGGUAUCCAGAAACUACUACUGGCCUGGUAUCCGUGCAGACACGUAUUGGCAUGUGGACUCCUGUGAAACGUGCCAACGGAUCAGGAAGCCCAAAUACGCAUCUAUUCCACCUCAGCCGCUCAAACUUCCGGUUAGACCCUGGCAACACGUGUCUUACGACAUGAUAGUAGAUCUACCCAAAGACGGAAGCAACGACUCCAUCCUGGUCAUAGUGGAUAGUUUCACGAAGUAUGGGAUUUUUGUCAAAUGUUCCAAGAAGCUCAAGGCACCUGAACUGGCGGAAUUAUUCUUGGAGCACGUAUGGAAACGGCAUGGUAUGCCCAAGAAAACGGUCUCAGAUAGGGGAAGGGUCUUCAAUAACAAAUUCCUGAAGGCACUAUACAAACGCCUAGGAAUAGACCCCCACUUCUCCUUGGCGUACCAUCCGCAGAGCAACGGACAGACAGAACGGGUUAACCCAUCCAUCAAACAUUUCCUCAGGGCAUACUCAGGGGUCAAUCAACGGGACUGGACCAAAUGGCUACCAAUGGCCAAAUUUGCGUACAACAAUGCGGUCCACAGCAGCACAGGAAAAACACCAUUUAAAGCCUUGUAUGGAUGGGAACCCACCCUGACACCUUCUAACGUACCCACGGAUGUACCAGAAGCUGACGACUUAGCCCAAUCAAUGGAGGCGCAAUGGAAGGAAGUGGAAUCGGCACUCCGGCAAUCUAAGCAACGCAUGACGGCCGGGGAGGAUGGAAACCCAAUAGAGUUUGAGAUUGGGGAAGAAGCUUGGCUGGACGCCAAAAACGUCAACCUCAAAACCUUGAGUCCAAAGCUCACAGAACAACGCCUAGGACCGUUUAAGGUUAUUGAGAAGAUCUCCAACCGAGCUUACCGUCUAGAACUCCCCCCUACCAUGCGAAUCCACAACGUCUUCUAUGUAGGACUUCUAUCCAAAGUAAAAAGAGACAAGAAACGCGCCUUUGAGAGCCGCCCCCCACCAGUCACCGUGGACGGGGAGGAAGAAUACGAGGUAGAAGGGAUUACCGAUGCAGAAGAACGCAAUGGGAAAUGGUUUUUCCGGGUAAAAUGGAAAGGUUACGGCUUGGAAGAAAACACAUGGGAACCCCGGGAGAACCUGAAAAACGCGGAAAAAAUUUUGAAAGAAUACAAGGAAGACGUAAGAAAGAAGGCCCUCGGCGCUGCCAAGGCCCUUAGAGGGGGGGCAGUGUCGUAG